CUGUUCCUAGAUAUAAGAUGUUUAGAAGAAUUUUCAUGUUUCAAUAUGUAAGAUGUUAUCAUAUUUCUAGGUAACUUUAACUUUAUCAAAAACUGUGCAACCAAUCAAAUUUAAUAGUUUUAUUUUGUAAUUGGUUGAAUGCUUUUAAUUUAUAGUUUUAAUGUUAUUUUCUAGACAAAAAUUAAUUUUUCUUAAUAUGUAUGUUUUUAACUAAACAUCAUUUAUUUAGGAAAAGAGGGAAUAUUCAUUUUAUUCAAGGCUUGACUGACUCAUUUAAAUGCAGGCGGAUGCAAAAGUUAAUAGAAGUAGACGACUGUGGAAUUAAACCUUUUAAUCCGAUCUAUGACUUAUGUAAUUGAUGCAGAUACUUAUAAGUGAUUGAUUAGCAAAUCCAAUAAUGAUAUAAACAAUAUGAAUAUACUCCCUUCCUUUCGGAAGAUUUUCUCAUUUUUCAAGUUUAUUAAAAAUAUUAAAAAUAUUUACAAUUUAUUUUUCAAUACAUUACUAUCCACUAAUAAAGUUUAAUCAGUUCAAAUAUUCACAUUGUUUUUCAAAAAUAUACAAAACUACUUUAAAAAUAUAGAAAAUUUAUUUUUGUGGAAUAAAAAUAAAUUCUAAAAAAAAUUAUAUAACUGAAAAAAUAUAUUAUUAUGGUAAAAUAUAAAUUAUUAAUUUAAUAUAAUAAUUAUAUUCCAUAUAUAUGAUAUUAAUAUUUAUUAUAGUUUAGAUGAAAUUAUAAUUUUGUAAGUCUAAAACGCAGACUAGUCAGAGCCCCUGAGGAUUAAAAUUAUUAAUGGGCAUAAACAAAACGUAUUGUGAUAGGCCAUGGGUUAAUGUUAGGCCCAUUAGAACUGGCCUUUUUUGACCGUCGGAUCAGGAAGAAGAACUUGAUAAGUAGAAUGCAAACCGUUUUUUAAUCAAACGAACGGCACGCGUUGUUCUGACCGUUGGUCAGUCCCAAAAGCCAGCCGUAGACGAUGUCGUUUUUCCACAUUGUACGUCUUCCGUAGCUUUCCCGGAGCGGAUCUCUUCGUCUGUGUGAUCGGAGGAUCCUUACCCAGAAAAAGAGAGAGAGAGAGAGAAAAACAAGCUACCAAAUUGAUAUGGCUUCGACGAGCAGACCUAAUCAUCUCGAAGAAGAUGAUGAUGCAGAAGAAGAGGUGCAACAUUUCGCUGACUUUACUCUUGCUUCUUCCUGGGAAAGGUUCAUUUCAGAUAUUGAAGCAAAUUGUCGUCAAUGGUUAGCCGAUGGUCCCAAAAACCUCGUGGAAAAGGGUGCUGUUGCAAUGGAAGAUUCCAAGAAUCUGUUUAAGGUUAAAAACGACUUGAGAAGUGUGACACAGAGCUACUGCAUGGAGUUCUACUUCCAAGUUGACGAUAAUGGUAGCCAACAAGCGGGAUUUGGUGAUUCGAACAGUGGUUUACAUGAUCUCCAGCUUUGCUUUGGAGUGAAGGAUUUUCUGUUGAUUGCUCCACAAAGUGCCAGUGGGGUGCUUCUUGAUGCACCAGAGUCUAGCAAGCUUCUGAGUGCCGUUGCUAUUGCUUUGUCUAACUGUGCCAGCUUGUGGCCAGUCUUUGUUCCUGUGCAUGACCCUUCACGGAAAGCUUAUAUUGGGAUCCAGAACAUGGGCACUGUUUUUACUAGAAGAUUUGAAGCAGAUCUUAUUGGUAGUCAAGUCCCUAUGAAACUCAUGCACCUAGAAGGACUAUAUGAGUUGUUUGUUUCUAAGUUUGUUUAUUCUGGAGUGGACUUCUCGAUGCAUAAUUUCAAAGUUCAUUUUAUGAUGAGGCUAAAAUACCAGACCUUCACAUCUGACGAGGAGGAUGAGGAAAGUGAUAUGGAUGAAUAUAUGGGUGACAAAGCUGACACUGAAGAACACAAUGGCUCUGAGUCUCGCAACAAGGUUAACUGGGACGAUGAUUGUCCUUGGAAUGAGUGGUACUCUGCUGAAGAUCCACUUAAAGGGUUCGAAUUGGUGGCCACAUGGGCUGACAGGACUGUAGAAAACACACUUGGGAUGGCUGAACUUGAAAAUGAUUCACCCCAUGAAGCUGAGAAGUGGAUUUUACGCCCAAUCCUCUCACCAUAUCUGGGUGAGCCUUCUCAUGGGAAACGAAUUGAUUUUGCUUCCCAACUACUUGGCUUGGUUGAAGCAUUAGAUGCGUCCUUCAUAGCUCAGUUUAUGGAGGAUUUCGUCUCAGUGGAAAAUCAAAGCUCUGAAAGUUUGAAGACCUCAGUGGUCAUACCUCCUCCAACAGCUCUUGAUCGGGUGAUCAAAGAUCUCUUUCAUCAGGGAUUUAAACUCCCAGAUUUUACUAAAGGCGAACACAGGCUUUCUCGAGCUCUUAAGGCUGCACCACUCGAAUCCCUGUUUACACAGUUCUGUUUGCACUCACUGUGGUUCGGCAACUGCAAUAUCCGUGCCAUUGCCUUUCUCUGGGUAGAGUUUGUCCGUGAAGUUCGUUGGUGUUGGGAAGAGUCACAGCCGCUGCCAAAAAUGCCAAUUGACGGUUCUAUUGAUUUGUCCACUUGUUUGAUCCACCAGAAGUUGCACCUGCUUGCAAUUUGCAUUGAGAAAAAGUGUGAAAUGAACGAAGAGUUUCUAGACUGUAUAGGAAGUGAAGAAGACAGUUCAGAGGCUUCUGAUCCUAUUGAGGAACACCACAAGGUCGACGACAGAAGAAAUGCAUCCUCAGAAGAUCUGCUGAGGAAACGUGACAGCUCAAUUACAGAAGAUUCAUCUGAUCGACUCAGAUAUGAGAUGGAUACUGAAAGCACAAAUUCUGUGAACCAAGGCCCAACACAUGCCAUCAGGAGGGGUUCAGCUGGACCAGUGGGGACCAUGAUGCUCCUGAAGUUACAUGAGCGACUCCAUGCCCCAUUUACCCAAGAUCCACCUCUUAUGACGGAAGACAUGCACGAAGAGAGACUCCAGGCAGUUGAGGCGUUUGGUGAUUCUCUUAACGUUCCUGGCCAGUUGGAGAAAGACAUCUUAUUAUCCGAUAUGUCAGCAUUCAAAGCAGCAAACCCAGAUGCUGUAUUUGAAGACUUUAUCAGAUGGCACUCACCUGGUGAUUGGGAGAGCUCUCAGCCUGAAACCGCCGAAGAAUCAUCAGGCUCCAUCACUGAAGACUCAGAGGAUAAAUGGCCUCCUCAAGGCCGCCUUUCUCAACGGAUGUCUGAUCAAGGAAAUCUGUGGAGGAAAAGUUGGAGCGAUGCACCCGCUUUGCCAGCCGAUGAGCAAAAGCCCCUCCUAGACCCAAACCGAGAGGGAGAAAAGAUUCUUCAUUACCUGGAAACGGUGCGCCCCCAUCAGCUUCUUGAGCAGAUGGUCUGCACAGCCUUCAGAGGAUCAGCCGACACUCUUAACCAGACAAACUUCGGGGACAUGAGACAGAUGACCUCUAAAUUGGAGCAACUCUACCUCAUCAUCAGAUCUACUUUGGGAGUUCUACAACGCAACAAUGUUCCGGACAGAGAACAGACGGUCAAAGAUCUGAGACGUCUCUGCGUGGUCUUCGAACACGUGGAGAAGUUGGUAACGGUCGCAGCGUCUCUUCACAGAAAGUUCCUUGAAGCACCGCGCCUUGCUCAAGUUAUAUUCAGUGACUUCUACAGCACUUAUGAUCCAGUGAUGGGAAUAAACUCAAACGACGAAGAGAACAAAAGCAGGACGGAGAUGGAAGUAGGGAGUCAAGAAGUGAGUAUGAGAGAGAGACAAGUUGUGUCGAGUCUGUUCUCUCCGCCAUCAGCGAACCAGUCUUGGAGAAAAGUGUUGAGCAUGGGAAAUCUUCUAAACGGACACGAACCAGUUCUCAGGGAGAUCAUUUUCUCCACUGGAGACGAUGUUAACAACGGAAUCCAUUACGCAGCCGCUGCUGACGUGGCGGCCAGCGGUGACCGGAGAGGGGAAGAAAUCGAGACACACCGAAUGUAUGUCUCUGGAACGUCUAACGAUCUCCGCGUUGCACUCUCUGUUACUUCCUGCGAUUAAUUAUUAUUUUUGUUUCAUUUUUCGAUAUCAACACAUUUUUAGUUGAUAUAAAUUAGCAAAUGAAGAAAUUUCAAACGUGCAAAUUAGCAAAAUGGUAGACUGAAAUGCUGAUCCUGCA